AUGUCAGAUACGGAAGAAAUAGCUCAUGCAAUUGCUGGAGCCGGUGGUGGCGCAUUGUCAAUGAUUGUCACAUAUCCAUUGGUAACUUUGUCAACCUUGGCUCAAACACAAGCUAAGAAAAAGAAGACAAAGACAAAGACGCUGGUGGAGGAGGAGGUGGUGGAUAACUCCAAUGGUGAACCCCAUCAUCUUGGCAAUGGAUGUCUAUUGCAAAGAUUGAAAAACAACUCUUCGUUUGUUGCUGCAAAAAAGAUUAUUAGUGAUAAGGGAGUAUCUGGCUUAUAUUCCGGUUUAGAGAGCGCUUUAUAUGGAAUCAUGCUCACAAAUUUUAUUUAUUACUAUUUUUACGAGUUGACUUCAAAUAUCUUUUUAAAAGCAAAUAAGAAAAAUAAGAGGAAACAAGCAGGAUUAUCCACGCUCCAAUCGAUUGUUACUGGGGCAAUUGCUGGCGCUGUCACCUGUAUUGGCACAAACCCAUUUUGGGUCGCAAAUACAAGAAUGAUGGUUGCUGCCGAGAAAAAGAAUGAGGAUGAACGAGAAGCUGGCAAAGCUGCUUCGUCAAAUUCAACUUUCAAGACUAUUUUGAAUAUCAUUGAGAAAGAUGGUGUUGGAACCUUGUUUGCGGGUGUUUUGCCUGCUUUGGUAUUGGUAGUCAAUCCAAUUAUUCAAUAUACAAUUUUCGAGCAAAUCAAAAAUGCCAUAAUUGCAAAUGGUGCUUCGUUUACAUCAGUUAAAGCCUUUUUCAUUGGAGCUUUUGGAAAAUUGAUUGCAACUUCUUUAACCUAUCCAUACAUCACCUUAAAAUCGAGAUUCCAUAUCAAGAAGAAAGUUUUGAAACAAGAAAACGAAGAGAAUGUUCCUCAAUUAUCAAUGUUUCAGGAAAUUAGAAAAAUAAUCAAUGAAGAAGGUUUUGAGGGUUUAUAUGGUGGUUUAGUUAUCAAGCUCAGUCAAAGUAUUCUUACAACCGCUUUCUUAUUCUACUUCAAAGAGGAAUUGCUUGUUGGCAGUGUUAAGUUGGUGGAAAUUUUCAAAUUGUUAAACUUGAAAAAGCGGGUUAAAGCUUGA